ACUCCGGGUACCUGGGAAAUUGGAAUAAGCACUUCUGUUCAAACGGGAGCAGCAAGUAUCCAAGGCUGAUGAAACUUGGAAAAGACAUCACACUGUGGGGGCUGGAGAUCGGGCUGCUGUCCAUGACCAAAGGAGAGGCUGCGCUGUUCGUCCUCACUCCAGAAUAUGCCUACGGCCAGCGGGGCUGUCCUCCCUCCAUUCCCCCAAACACCACGGUCCUCUUCAAGGUGGAGGUGCUGGACUUCAUAGACUCGGAGGAGUGUGACGCGUUCUUUGAGUUGACUUAUGAACAGCGGGAUAGACUUCCUCUAGAGAAGGUGUUGAAAGUGGCAGCCACAGAGAGAGAAUUUGGCAACUACUUCUUCUAUAAGCAGUGCUUCAGGAUUGCCAAGGACAGAUACAAGAGGGCACUCUCCAUCCUGGAUCACAGCUCUUCCAGUAAGGCAGAGCAGAGUCAGAUCAACGCUUCCAAACUGCUGCUGUUCCUGAAUCUCUCACUCACUUACCUGAAACUGGAACGUGCUGACCGAGCUUUGAAAUACGGGGAGUUAGCCUUGGAGAUGGACCAAGGAAAUGCCAAAGCACUGUUCAGGUGUGGCCAGGCUUGUCUCUACAUGAGGGAGUACAGCAAAUCCCAGGAUUUCCUGGCCAGAGCUCAGUGCAUCCAGCCCUUCAACCCUGAUAUCAACAAUGAGCUGAAGAAGUUGGCCAGAUAUUACAAAGAGUACAUGGAAAUGGAGAAAGAAAUGUGCUGCCAGAUGUUUGACCCUCUCAAUUCAUGUGGCUGAGCAGAAAUCAAGGUAACCAAGUUUUGAAAAAGGCUGAGCUCUCCCAAAA